GUAACUCAUGCCCAAUAGUUAAUAAAUAAUCUGCUGAAAGCACUGUUGGGGAAAAAACCUGUUUCUACUUGUUUUUUUCUAUAGUGUUCAACACUAUUUCCAUUAUCAUUCUCACAGUUCCUCAUACCAAACAUGUUCCUCAUCAGAGACAAUGAUUACAACAUAGACUCUUACUGACUGCGGGGGAGUUUCCGGUCUUUGCAGGCAGAAUCCAACAAAAUCGUGCCUCUUUAUAAAUCACAUCGCAGUAUUGAUUCUGCUCCAGAACAGAGAUUCUUCCAGUACGGCACAGACUCUGCUCCAGAACAUAGAUACCUGCGGUUCAGAACAGAUCCCACUCUGGAACAGACCCAUCUCCAGCACGGCUCAGAUUCUGCUGCAGCACAGGUAGUACCUCAGGGCAGAGACUGCUCCAGAACAGAUACCUCUAUCAGAGCACAGUCGCCACUCCAGGACCGAUUCUACCUCGGGACAGAUGCUGCUCCAGACGAGAGACUCUCUACGAUAGACACUCGUUUACCUCGUCCUGUGUUGGCAACCUGUUAUGUUGAAGUGCGCAUUGAUUUAGAUAUUACAUAGUGAGAUCCCGCGUGUGAUAUGAGUGCGCUGCUCAGCUUUGUGGAGCCAGUGGUCUUUGUUACCAAUGUGGCCAAUUCUCUCUUUGAUACGGCGCUUUUGAUGGUGGUCUACCGGCGGCUAAAUGGGACAACGACUGGGAACAGUGACCUAGCGCAGAAGGAGGUGGCCCACUUCUAUAUGGUUUACAACAUGAUCUACUCUCUGACCCCUGUGCUGACAACGGUGCUGCUGGGAAGGUGGGCCGAUCGUCAAGGCCAGAAGGUCCUGCUGAUUGUCCCUUUGCUGGGGUAUCUCCUCGGGAGGUUCUUGCUGCUCUUCACCCAUGUUUUCCACUUGCCCAUCAGUGUGAUGUACGGCUCAGCAGUGAUCAACGGGCUGACUGGAGGGUUCCCAGCCUACUGGAGUGGAAUCAAUGCCAUCACAUCCAUGAGGUCAGGAGAAGCAAGACGCAGCCUAAGGUUAAAUGUGCUGGAGGUGACGUCAGGGGUGGCAGGACUCCUGGGCAGUGUGGCAUCCGGACACUUCUUUAUGAUCAGAAUUCACAACGAGAAUGGACUCCUGCUGAUCUGCCUGUGCCUGUCCCUGUACUUACUAAGCCUGUUGUACUCGGCAAUCUUUCUCAGAUACCCUGCUGUCCCUCCACGAGAACAGGUCCCCAGAGGAGUGCACAAUCCAUGCUGGAGAAAAUUCAGCAGAGAAAUGCUUCUUCUCUCCACCUGCUACCUCCUGUACGAUUUUGGAAGGACUGGUGGGGAAAAUAUAAUCUCAAUUUAUGUUCUGAAGCCCCCCCUGAGCUGGAACCCGGUCCUCGUGGGUUAUGGCCGGGCAGCCACCUUCGGUAUGUUCCUGACCAGCUUCUUUGGAAUCCUGAUCUUCUCCCGGCAUUUAAGUGACACAUCUCUGGUGUUCAUGGGCAUCAUCUCCAACACAGCUGGAUUGGUCACCAUGGCCUUUAUGAGAAGCACCCCCUGGUACUUUAUUGCUCGAGCUAUGAUGUUGUUUUCCUGCAUUCCGUUGCCUACAAUACGAGCUCAGCUGUCCAAACAAAUAGAUGAAGCUUCCUACGGUUCUGUCUUCGCUUGGCUUCAGACAGCGAUGGCUCUGACAGAUGUGAUAGCUACCCUCACCUACAACAGUCUCUACAUUGCCUUCCUCGAAUGGUACAGUGGCUUCUCUCUGCUCCUCGCCGCAGCCGUUUGCUGGCUCAGCACCUUGCCAGUUGUGGUUUACAGCUACAGACUGAGGAGGAGGGAUGACGGCCUGGAUUCUGACACACACUCCACGAGGACAAUGGUCAUCGAUGACUUUGAUGAAUGUUCAACUGGCUCUUCGCAGUGAGGACACAAACCCAACCCACCGCCGGGUCUGCCAACUGUGCCGUUAAAAUGUUCCAGUGGAGAAUGUGGGCACUCGGAACGUGUCGGAGCCACAAAUAAUAGAAAUUGACGAAGUUCUUCAUCAAACGACUCUCUCAUUGUGCUGUAGAAACAGCUCGUGUCUCUGUUUGAGAAAUGUGGAGACCUUUCCAACACCCUUGUCGCUUAUGGUCGAAAACUGAAUUUUAUUACCCAAAGGUAGUAGUACACUGGAUUACCAGACUACAGGAGCACAUGGGAUUACCAGCUCAAAGAUCAACAGUUCAAAUCCCACGUAGAUGUAGAUUGCUUUAGUUCUAUAACACUCUUAAUUAAAAGUGUGAUUACACUAAAAAUGAGCAUGUCCUUCAGUCACGGAGUCAACAGCAGAGAAGCAGGCCCUUCUGCUCACCACAUCCGUUAUGCUCAUCUAGACUAAUCCUAUUUGCUUGCACUAACCCUGUAUCCUGCGCUUAGUCUAUUUAAGUGUUUGUUCAAAUGUCUCCUAAAUACAGUGAUCAUGUCCAAUUUCACCACCUCCUCCGGCAGUGAUUUCCAGAUAUCAACCAUUCUCUGUGCAAACAGACUUACCACUCAGAUCCCCUUUAAAUCUCCUUUCUCUCACUUUAACCCAAUGCCCUCUUGUUUUGAUACCCCUGUCAUUGGAAAAAAUUCUCAUUACCUUCUUCAUUCAUCAAUCGCCAUCGCCAGCUGGGGGUUUUGACUUUGACUCUGACAUCGGGGGGGGUGGGCGGAGUGCAGUGGAGAGAUAAGUUUUUUUGGCCUUCCAUCACAGCAAUGUGAUGGAUGUUUAUGUAAAUUAUGUUGUGUCUUGGGUCUAUUUGUUUGUAAUGUAUGGCUGCAGAAACGUCAUUUCGUUUGGACCUCAAGGGGUCCAAAUGACAAAUAAAUUGUAUCUUGUAUCUUGUAUCUUGAUGCCUGAUCAUUUUAUAUACUUCUCUCGUCAUCCCUCAGCCUCCUUUGCUCCAGGUUUAGUUUAGUUUAUUAUUGUCUUGUGUACAGGUGCAGUGAAAAGCUUUUUGAUGCGUGUUGUCCAGUGAGCGGAAAGACUGUACAUGAUUACAAUCAAGCCGUCCCAGGUGUACAGGGAAUAUAUUUAACGCAUGGUAAAGUCCAGUUAAGAUAGUCCAAGGGUCUCCAAUAGGUAGAUGAUAGCUCAUCCAGCCUAUCUAAUCUCUCCCCAUUACUGAACUCCUAAAAUCCAGGCAACAUCUCAUUGUAUUUCCCCUGCACUCACUCCAGUGCAAUCACUUCCUUCCAAAGUGCAGAUAAUACUCUAGUUGCAACGUAACUGAUUUCUGGGAUGUCAAGUCGUCAAGUUUAUUUGUCACAUACACAUACGAGAUGUGCAGUGAAAUGAAAGUGGCGAUGCUCGCGGACUUUUGUGCAAAAGACAAACAACCAAACAAACUAUAAACACAAUCAUAACACACAUAUU